AAGACAAUCCGGAUAGCUGACUGUAACUGGCUGGUAACAGACUAGCGGCAGAUCGGAUUGUACUGGGUUGUGAAAGUAGACUGACUCAGACUGCAACCCGGACACUCACUGUUGUGAAAGACAGACAGAACGUGGAUUCAACCGCACGGAGAUUUGUCGGACAUUCCUUUGACUGACCGGAAGAAAGACAUUCAGAUAUACUGGAGAUCGGAUAGCACAGAAAUUUGUGAGAAACAAACAGGAGAGCGGACCGCACGAUGGUUUGACAGGGGCAGACGGAGAGGCAGCUCGCGCUUUCCCAUAAUGCCCCGGGAAGAGGAAGCCGAGGCGUGACGACGUUUUAAUCAUGGUAGCGCUGGGGAGGGGAAGAGGAGAAAGUGCUAGCAACCCGAAAUUCGCAGCGAGUCGGCGUCGUUUCUCCACCGGGCACUGCAGUGCACCGUCAACAGAGAGGGCGUGAUCACGCCGUGCACCAACAUGGGUGAAAAUGGUCCUGACAAGGAGGCCAUGUACUUCAAAGGGGAGACAGGGAAUCUGACUCAGGAGGAAGACGAUGACAAAAUGGUGGACUUUGACAAAGAUGGCCUGAUGCCGCCAUCGUCGUCUUCCCCUUCACGGCGCAUUUAUGACCGCACCACCGUGCUUAUUGAGCAGGACCCCAUCAACCUGGACGAGGAAGGCGAGGAUGAUGGCCAGUGUGACAACAUGGCUCUGCUGGCCGAUGGCGACGAGGAGGGCAGCCUGGCCUUCAUGGUGGACCCUGAUGGCAUGUCACAGGGCUAUGUUCACCACACCAUCUCGCCAGACCAGAUCCAGUUCAUCAUCAACCCCGGGUCCACACCUAUGCCGCGGAACAUCGAAGGGGCCACUCUUACCCUGCACUCGGAAUGUCCAGAAACCAAGCAAAGAGAGGUGAAAAGGUACCAGUGCAUGUUCGAGGGCUGCACUCGGACCUAUAGCACGGCGGGCAACCUACGCACACACCAGAAAACGCACCGCGGCGAGUACACCUUCGUGUGCAAUCAGCAGGGCUGCGGAAAGGCCUUCCUCACCUCCUACAGCCUGAAGAUCCACGUGCGCGUGCACACCAAGGAGAAGCCCUUCGAGUGUGACGUGCAGGGCUGCGAGAAGGCCUUCAACACGCUGUACAGACUGAAAGCACAUCAGAGGCUGCACACGGGGAAGACGUUCAACUGUGAAUCGGAAGGAUGCACCAAGUACUUUACCACACUCAGCGACCUGAGGAAGCACAUCCGCACGCACACCGGGGAGAAGCCCUUCCGGUGUGACCACGACGGAUGUGGGAAAGCGUUUGCCGCAAGUCACCACCUAAAGACCCACGUCCGGACCCACACAGGGGAGAAGCCAUUCCUCUGUCCCAGCGACGGCUGCGAGAAGACCUUCAGCUCCCAGUACAGCCUGAAGAGCCACAUCCGGGGCCACGAUAAGGGGCCCAACUUCGCGCUGAGCAACUCGCUCUCUGAGGAUGCGAAUCAUUCUCUUUGCCUCAGUGAUUUGAGUCUGCUCUCCACAGACUCUGAGCUCAAAGAAAACAUGCAGAACUCUCAAGGUCUGGAUCUGAAUAGCGUCACGCCCGUGAGGAUAUUUGAGCUGAUGUUCCAGAGUCCAGAAAACAGUGUCAGUCAGGACGAGGCCCAGCCCCCAGAUAACCUCACAGAGACCUUCAGCUCAGAAGAGCCGGCCCUGCCCACAGCCACCGUAGGUGAUGGUGGCUCCAUGGCUUCUGGGGCUCUGCCUUUUUCUUCAUCCUCUUCGUCCUCGUCUUUGAACACCCCUGUCUUGGAGGCCCCCUCGCAGACUGCCUCCCUAUCCUCCUCCCAAGCUGCAAGCUCUGCCCCCACCACACUGGGCCCUUCCCCGGUGACCUUUGCACCCUUGUCGGGGAUAACCCAGGGACCCGAGGGGCCCAGCCAGCAGAGUUCCCAGCACUACCUGACCCUCCCCGCUAAGUUCCUGGAGCAGGAAGGAACUGCCCAAACCCAGCCCAGCACUGCAGCGACAGCCCUGCUCCCUGGUGCCGCCCCAGUGGCGACAGCGGCGGAGGCAGUCCCAGCCGCGGUGCACACCGUGCCUUUGACCGCCAACCCCGUGCUGACGCCCAGCCCGAGCAUCACCAUUGCUCCCACCCAGAACCUCCUGCAGCCCAGCAUCGUCAUGUCGGACCAGAACCUGCAGUGGAUUCUCAGUAGCGCCACCAAUGCCCAGCAGAGCUCCGAGCCGCCGCAGCAUCAAGGUACAAAAGUAGAAAAGGUGUUCUUCACCACAGCCAUACCAGUAGGAGGGAAUUCAGGCAGUUCCGUGCAGCAAAUUGGCCUGAGCCUUCCUGUCAUUAUCAUCAAGCAGGAGGAGUCCUGUCAGUGCCAGUGCGCAUGCAGGGACUCCAAAGACAAGGGUGGCACCAAGCCCACAGAUCUGGCCCCGCCCAAGCCCCCACCCCCUCCGCCAGCCCCGCCUCCCCCUCCCACUGUCCCUGUUCCUUCAACAGCCCCACCUUCAUCCCUGGCGUGCUGCUCGGGCCGAUCAGUCCCGUCUCCCUGCCAGAGGACUGAGGCCCCAGUGCAGGGCGGGACGCAGCAGGGGGUGCUCGCAGCCACUCCCACGCAGACCUUUCCUCCAGAGCCGGGCAGCUCCGCAGCACCAGAUGCCACUGGCGACGCUCUGAUUAACAUGGACGUUUCCGACUUCCUGUCCCUGCAGAGCCCCGAGACGCCCGGAAGCAUGAGCGCCAUUGAGGCUCUGCUCCUCGUCGCCGAUGACUUUUCCGGGGGUGGGAUACAGGCGGGCGGCUUUGCCAAAUGAACUGUCCGGUGGGGAGAAAGCCGUCGCGGGGCCCCCCGGCUGGGCCUCCUGCAGUGCAGUGCAUUCUGGGUAUCAUAUGGGCGCUCUCUGUCUCUCUCAGCCUGGAGCCGAACCAUCACUGACAGUCGUGGGCAGUGGUGCUCACCUGCGCACACGAGUAGCACUGUACCCUCUUCUGGUGUGAUCUGCAUCCCUGAUGUGUGUCCUGAAAACUAAUACUAAACACUGGCAAAGCUGAGGUGGCUUUUUCCUAACAAAAAAAAAUAUAUAUGCAUUGUACUUCACUGUAGCUUAACUCCCAAAAGUAUGCUUGUAGUUACACUAAGGAUUAAGUCAACGCUGAACUAGAUGUUAAAUUACUGUCACCUCUGAAAGGGAAGCCAGCGCACUGAGCGGAGGACGCCUUCGUCCCAGCAGUCUGCCUUGCUUUGCCGGAUGCAGAGCCGAGCGGAUGUCUGCCGAAUAAACAGAAUGUACUGCAUGCUGGGAGAGUCGGUCAGGUUUCUGAGCAGCGUCUCACACGUGAUUCGCUACGUGGUCCUGUGGGGCGGGACUAGAGGCGGUCCCGCCAAAUGUCUUGUGGGAUUGAAAAUACCGUGUAGAAUUUUUACUAGAAAUGCUAGUAUCAUCCAGAAGAUGUGAUCACAGUCCAGGUUAAUCUAGUAAGUUUUGUUUCCCCACCUUUUAUACUCCUGUUCGUAUGGAUUGUACAACCUGUAACAAACUUGCCUGCCUUUUAACUCCGAUUCAAAGUUGUAUGUUGCAAACAAUUGUCUAUUACUAAAUUAAUAUUUAAUUUUUUUAGAUAAUUUAUUCAAAUGUUUAAUUUCUGCCAUUAGAAUUACUUGUCGGAUUCCUUGGGGUUUGUCUUGACUUCUGCCUGAUAUUUGUGGACCAAGUCCUGACAUCAUCCUUUUGUAAACCCCCUCAAAUUUACUGCACAGACAUGGAAUUGGGGUGAAUGUCACACCUUCCUUGAUGUUACUGAUGUUUUUUUUUUGUUGCUGUUUUUUAAAUGAAGCUUUUCAGGGUCCACAGACAAAGUUUUCGGCCUUGGACUUAACCCUGCUGACCCACCCCCUCCAGACCGUGACUCACAGGCAGCAUGGGCGUCGGCUGUCGCCGUCCUGCUGCGGGGUCCAGUCCCAUCGCUGGCAGUUUGUGACACAGGCAAUCAGCUUCACACAUUCUGUGUGUUUUAACAACCCCUCAGGGAUAGAGUUGAGUGUGACUGAUAUAACUAGAAUAGUUGGGUUUUCCUGCUUUUGUUUCGAUGGAGUGCAAUUAGACAGCCUGUUUUUGAGUAGCCCGCCCUAUUGUCCACGAGUGUGUCUGUUUUCCUUCCCUGUUUGUCCCACAGUACCUAAUAGCCAUUUAGGUAGGGCCCCUCCCACCGAGCCCGUCAGCACUGAGAGUCCUCGUUUAUGUAACACUGCUGUAACCUCGGGAAAUGAGCAAUUAAUCAUACUGUAAAUACAUUUGAUAAUAUCCUUCCUUUUAGAUUACUGAAUUUGUAUUUUUGUAUAUCUUCAGAUGUUUAGACUUUGGGUUUGGAGACAGAAGGUACUGGGUUUGUCUUGCCUUUUUGUGGGGGGGGGGGUGAGGGAGAAAGUGGUUUCAUGUCAGUCAGAGGAGGAGUCUCUUGUAGGGUAGCGUAGGUCUCUGUUUGGUCCCUGUGUGGUCGCCAUAGUGAUCCCCACAGGACGGGAAGAAGCGUGAAGGAUUGAACUGCUUAUCAAUACAGCGCUUUUCUGCAGUCUGCUUACCUGCCCGUCCCUCCUACCCAGUGUGGUCACAGCACAGUAACACAGGAACAUGGGAUGGCGAAGUGCAUGCCAUCUGCAGUUUUUAUGUAUUUUUUUGUGCCAAGGAGUCUCACAUCAUCUGAUCUGCGAUGUUUCUGCAGUUGCCUUUGAGAGUAGCACCAGGAAACAAAGCAAGAAGUGUGGUGUGUUUGAACAGCCAGCCCUCCUCCUCCAACGGUCUUUACCAUUUCUUUGUGGCUCCGUUAAUUUUGUUUCCCAAAUUUCUGCUUAAAAGAAUUUGCAUAAGAGCAACUUUAAUUAGGCUUUUUUUUCCCCUUUCCUUUCCUUUCGUACUGAUUUUUUCCCCCCUAAACAGUUUUUCUGAAGUGGAAGUAACAUUGUAUGAAAAUUACUUUUAAAUUUGGCUGAAAGCAUCUGGCGGUAUUUGCACCUCAACACAGCAUGCUGCUGACCUCCUCAUCCCAUGUCAGCACAGUGUUUGGUUGUAAUUUUGGGCAGGAGCACUGCCCCAGUGUUCCCAUGGCAUGCUGGCAAAGGAUUGUGGGAUGUCAGCUAAUAGCCUUUGAUUUCCAUCUUGAUUUUUAAGGAUCUUCUUAGAGUAGCUUAGUGUUCUGUCGUAUCAUAAGCACUUUGUUUUAGAAAUAUGGGAGGUGUUAGAAGUAUGCACAUGUAAAAUCAGUUUCAUCUGUUAAUUUAUUUUGUUAGCUAAUGAACUCAGAGGACGGGAAAUUAACAGGUGACGUUCUUUGUCAUCUUUCCAUGAAGGAGUCCAGCUUGGAAUCGGAAAGCUGAAUGGUCAAAGACUCGCAUGUGGAACGACGGUAUGACACUUCUGGGAUUCUGUUUGUUUUUUUUCCCCUGUGGCCAUUCUGUCUUGGUCAGUCACUUCCAAAUGUGGAAAGAAGCUAUGCAAUGUCUCAUUGGCCAGCAGCAUUCCCAAAGGGGCGUUCCCAAGGGGGCGGUCCCAAUGUCCCAUGUGUAUGGGACAGCUGAGGCUGCAAAUCUUUCCCAUCCUGUUACGGAAGCAGUUACUUGCGCUCAUUACUCAGUGACAGCAUGUAUCUUGGGAGUGUUUGGUAUAGUCAGUUUCUGAGGAAGCAGUGGCAAGUGUAACAUAAAAAUGUUGCGGUGUAUUUUAAAUGGCUCAUGCAUUCAUUCAGAUUAAUUGCAAUAUGUAAAACAGACUGCGUGCGUGCAUUUGAGCUUUCAUGCAUUUGAAUCUUUAAAGAGUUUGUUUCCCUUACGCAUUGAGUUGUUUUGUCAAACAUUCAAAUAUUACUUUGGGGGGAGAUAUUAGACAUGUGAAAAUGAAAUUCUGUUGUAAGAAUUAGAUUAGUCACUUGAGACAACCUUUUUAUAUAUAUAUAAAUGGAACACUGCAUUAAAAUGUAUAGUCAGCAUUUUCCAUAGCCUGCCAUUCUCGCAUUACUUCAGCAUCAUGUGCACCAGUUUGAAGGGCAUUUACAGCAAAUUUUUUUCAGCCUUUGUUUGUUUCUUUCAAAUUCGCUUUACCUGGAGGGGAGGGGGGCACGCUGCCGUCGUACCUGCAGGUGGGGCUCAGACCUUCAGGAGACUAGGUGUGAACAGAUCUGAUGGCUACACUGUUGCUUCAAAGACAUGUGGCUGGUUAGAGACCCCCUCCCCCCUUUUUAAAUGCUCCAAUUCUUGGAUUGGCCAGGAAUAGUCCCAGGUUAGGGGGGAGAAACAAAACAAAUGUAACAUUGGUACACUGGAUUUGUUCUGCUCUUUUGAGCCGCCUGGGGUUAAUGAAUAGGAUUUUUAAUGCUUCCAAAGGAAGAGCGUCUCCGAAACCCAAAGAGAGAUUAAACAUGUAAAGGAUUUGUAUUUUAAAAGAAUGUACAAUGUGAAAAUUUGUUUGCUUAUAUGCUUGUUUUGUAUAAAGUAUUAAGUAAAUAUAACUUUUUGGAAUUGAAAGCAAUAUAAUACUAAUUAAAUCCUUUGACUUGUCA